ACGAGGGGUAAUGUCUUAGAUAUAGGCAUGUAUUUCACAUUCUAAAGGUCAAGUCAGUGUAGGUAUAUUGGUAUAUCAAAGAAUUCGUCAUAAAAAUAUGAUGAUGAAUUGGUGAUUGAUCAACUCUCGCGCUUCGCGAGAUGAGAAUAUACCGAGGUUACUAAUAUACACCAAUCUAGAUAAGAGCAUAGUAGUGUACAUUCUCGCCAGAGCGUUGGUAAUAUUCCCCUAUUAAUAUCCGGGGUACUUCCCCAUCUCCCUUAUAAAACACAUAGUAGAAUCAUACCUAUAGUAAGUAGAAUAUCCGGGUCUCCUCAACCUCCAGUAAGACCUCCCUUCUCUUACCGCCUCCCUAGAUUCCAAAGAGCGUCCCUGUGUCUGUCUGUCCGUCCGUCCGUCCCGUUAACUCCGCCCCCGUCCGCCACGAUCUUGUCCGUCGUCAUACGGAUCUGGCUGCUUCCCCCCGGAUUGGCGUAGCACAAUCAGCGCUUCGGAGCUCCUUGGGGUUCAGCCUGCUAUAAGACAACGCGAAUAACAGUACCUGAAACUAAAAACCCACACGUCAUCACCCCCUCCUCCCGCUCGUCUCAUCUCAUCUCAUCUACUGCCAUCGUUUCUUCGUCUUUGAUUAGAUUGCGAAAGAGUCUCCCCCCCUUUCUCUCAUUUAUAUGCUCUACGGUCAUUAGUCAUUAUAAAGACCUUGCUUGCAUAAUUCAACUGCUUUCGUCAUCAUGUCUUCCGCCGGUCCAAUGAGCAACCAGGUCAAGCCCCUGGCCGGCAAAGUUGCCCUCAUUACCGGCUCCGGGCGCGGCAUCGGUAGGGGCAUUGCCCUAGAGCUGGGUCUGCGCGGCGCUUCCAUCGUUGUCAACUACGGACGCAGCUCGAGUUCCGCCGAGUCUGUUGUCAAGGAGCUAGCUGAGCUAGGCUCGAAGGCGGUUGCAAUCCAAGCCGACAUCUCGAAGCCGGCGGAGGUGGUCGCCCUUUUCGAGAAGGCCGUCGCGCACUUCGGCGGUAUCGACUACGUCAUCUCGAACUCGGGCAUGGAGGUAUGGUCCGAGGAGACGGACGUGACACCGGAGCUCUUCGAUCAGGUGUUCAACCUAAACACGCGGGGGCAGUUCUUCGUCGCGCAGCAGGGGCUCAAGCAUGCGCGCGAGGGUGGGCGUAUCGUGCUUACGUCCUCGAUUGCCGCGCAGAUGGCCGGCGUGCCCAAUCACGCCUUGUACGCUGGCUCUAAGGCUGCCGUUGAAGGGUUCACACGCGCCUUCGCCGUCGACUGCGGCAAGAAGCGCAUCACCUGCAACGCCAUCGCUCCUGGUGGCAUCCAGACCGACAUGUUCGACGAGAACAGCUGGCACUACGUUCCCGGUGGCUUCAAGGGCAUGCCCAUCGACAAGAUCAAGGAGGGUCUUGCCAGUAUGUGUCCACUAGGACGAGUUGGUGUCCCCGCCGAUAUCGGUAAGGCGGUCUACUGCCUUAUUAGCGACGAAGGCGAAUGGAUCAACGGCCAAGUCAUCCGUGCUUCGGGCGGUGGCACUUAGAUAAUGCAAUCACACCCCCUUAAUCUCCACUACGACGCUUCAGAGCUCACCGCGCUAUCGAAAAUAAGUUAUCACACAAGUAGAAUGGCAAUUGUGGUAAAUAGAAAGCAUUGCAAAGAUGGAAUUCGAACUGUUAGCAUUUAUCUCACAUGUAUGGGAUAUUACUCGGUUUGACGAAUCCGAGGACUAGACUAUUAUACUUAUCACCUACGCUCAUAGCUGCGCUUUUCGUGUUUACGCAUUUUUCCAUAAAGUGCCUAUGUGACCGAAGUAUCGUCCAAUAGCAUGCCACAUGCCUACGGAAAUAUCACGGCGAGAUGAGCCAUAACGUUACUCGGAUUUUGUAUUUUCCUCCGAAGACAAUAUUUGCAGCUCAAGCGACCGAUAGGAUAUCCAGUUUAAAUCCGGAGGAUGAUGAUACAGUCUAUAUGCGUGCUCUAUGAGUUUGAAAGUAUUGUAUAGGUACUUACCUUGGUAGGUACCUAUUUAGGUAUUUAAUGCUAGUCACGGUUUUCGUCAGCACCCGUACCAAAGUUGAUGUUUAUACGUAUCGGUUACGCUGGGCAUCUGGCUUG